CACAUAUUCACAAUUUCUUUAUGACUUAACAGAGAACGGUUGGAUGGUCAUAUCUGCAUCUGUAUUCCAUCUGUUGCAGUGUUGUUUUGGUUAAAACAUAUGAAGAAAAUCUGGCCUCACGCAGAUAAGUAGUUGAAAAAAGGAGAGCCUGUAUGACCCUUUCAUGUAAUUGAAGACAUUCUUCUUGGUACUGCACCAAAACUCAACAGGUGGUAGUUCCUGAAAGGCUAGCUGGAAGAUGGAAUUUGAAACUACAAAUGAAAUUUCAUACUCUGAUAUACUAAAAUCCAUCUUGCACUGGUGGUGCAGUGCUUAAGAGCUUGGCUGCUAACCAAAAGGUUGGCAGUUCGAAUCCAUCAGCCACUCCCUGGAAACCCUAUGUGUUCUAUAGGGUCACUAUGAGUCGGAAUCAAUGGCAAUGGGGGUUUUUGUUUUUUUGGUUUAUUUUGGUCUUGGAAUGUGUCAUUUACCCAUGUAUGAUUUUUACUUUUUGGAUACCCUGAAAGGGUCUCAGGGGUGCCCAGAGAUCCUCAGACCACACUUUGAGAACUGCUAUUAUAGGCCUACCAUGAAGGUGCAUCUGACUACACACAGAUGUGUCUCUGAACCCAAGAUUUGAUGCCAAACCAUACCAAUAGUAUUUUUUCUUCCCUGACAGUGAAUAUGCUGAGCACCUACUCUGUGCCAGUAUGGUCUUAGGCCCAGGGAGGGACUCAAAAACCUCUGUUGAAACUAAGAUUAAAUGUGAGAGAAUUUUAAUUGAACUGUCUCUGCCUUUAAAGACCUCAUAGGCUAACUGAAGAGGGACAGAACUAACAAGACGUAACAAUUGGUGGACAAUUGAAUGUUUAAAAACUAUAUGGUGCAGACUAUACCUGCAAUCGGCUACAGUUCAGAAAAGGAAAAGUUCAUCAUUCAUAAGAGCAGUGAAAGAAGAUUAUAAGGAGAAAGGCCUUUAAAAGAGGAUUUAAAUAAAGAAAUGGGAAUCUAGGAGAGGACACUAACAAAAGAACAGAAGUAGAAAUGAGGAUGGUAUGCUCUUGUGAAAACUAUAAGGACACCUUGCUUACUAGAACUUAGAGUAACUGGUGGGAAUUGAUGAGAGAUGAAUGAGUUGGCCAUGUCUGUGUCAUAAAAGUCUCAAAAGCUACACAGAACAGUCCAAGCUCAAUUUGAUAGAAAAUAAGGAAGCAUUGUAGUCCUGCCUCACCAUCUUCUUAAAAACAAAAAUCAGGCCAGUUAAUUUUGCUGAUUUCUUAAAUGCUGUGUUCUCAGAUACUCCUAAGUUCUAGAAUAUCACCAGGAGUCUUCCCAUUCGUGUGUAUAGAUGUGACUUUUUUCCUUAGCUCAGAUGAUAGUGAUUGGUUAUCUUUCUCUGUCAGCCAUUCACUCAAGUAUUUUUAACACAGUUUAAGUGGCAAAUACUCCUUGAUAAAAAGGCUUUGUGUAAUAUCUCAUUCUCCAUACCAAAGCUCCUUUAUAAUAUGUAUCCAAGGGAUGAUUCAUUGGUCGGUAAUCAUGAGAUAAAGAGGAAAAAAAAAAUGGCAACUUUGUCCUCUAAAUAGAAAAUCCAGUCCCUGUGUCUCUAAAACCACAACAUUUUUUCCUCCAGUCACAUUACAUAAUACCUACAACCCCUACCCCAUAUGUUCCAAUGUUUUGCAGGCACGUGCUCUUGUUUCAGGUGCUUUGGUUAGGAGCUUUCCUUGAAGCAACAAGUCCAUGCUCGAUUUAGGGGAGCCCUAGUGCUGCAGUGGUUAAGUGCUUGGCUGCUAACUGAAAGGUCUGCAGUUCAAACUCACCAGCCGCUCUGCGGGAGAAAGAUGUGGCAGUCUGCUUCCGAAAAGGUUGACAGCCUUGGAAGCCCUGUGGGGUGGUUCUCCUCUGUCCUGCAGGGUGGCCACCUGAAGAUGAGAUGGUUUUGAAAAGACUUUCUAGAGGUUACUUGGUGGGAAAGGACCCCAACGCUUCCCUUUUCUACAAAGAAGAAGGAAACAAAAAAUUUCAAGAGAAGGAUUAUAUGGGAGCAGCAGUGUUGUACUCUAAGGGAGUAUCACAUUCAAGGCCUAACACCGAGGCCAUCUCACUGUGUUAUGCCAAUCGCUCUGCAGCCUUCUUCCACCUGGGCCAGUACGAAACAUGUCUUGAAGACAUCAUCAGAGCCCAGAGUCAUGGGUAUCCAGAAAGAUUGCAACCCAAGAUGAUGUUGCGUAAGGCAGAGUGUCUGGUGACCCUGGGCAGGCUACAGGAAGCAAGCCAGACCAUCAGUGAUCUUGAAAGUAAACUCGCUGCCAAACCAACACUAGCAGCUUCCCACUUUGAGGUUCUGCAGAGAAACCUACAUCGUCUGAAAACAAAGGUACAAAAAAAGGAGAAUCUCUCAGAAACCUUCCCAGCAGCUCUAACCAAAGCUUUCAAGGAUAUGGACCUAAUGGAAGAGAGUGAACAAAUUCCUAGUGCAUCAUCAUCUGUCAGCUUAUGUACAGACCCUUUAAAAGGUCGCCAUCUGAUUGCCACAAAAGACAUUCUCCCAGGAGAGCUCCUGGUGAAGGAGGCAGCUUUUGUGAGUGUCCUUAACCCAGGAGAAAUGCCACAGCUACACCAUGGUCUAGAAAGCAAGUGGAACACCAGAGUUACCAAUGGGGAUCUCCACUGUCACUGCUGCUUGAAGCACACUUUGGCCACAGUUCCCUGUGAUCAGUGCAGCUAUGCCAAGUAUUGCAGCCAAGAGUGCAUGCAGCAGGCCUGGGAGCUCUACCACACUGUGGAGUGUCCUCAAGGGGGGCUGCUUCUCACACUGGGUAUCUUCUGCCACAUUGCCCUGAGGGUGACUCUUUUAGCUAGGUUUGAAGAUGUUGGUAAAGUCGUAAGGAAGCUGUGUGGUGAGAUUGGUAACAAGGAUAUCUGUUUACCUGAAAGUGAGAAUAUGCUCAAAACACUCAAUUAUGACCUGGGAGAGAAUGAGGAAAAUGGUAAAAUAGUCGAGACCCCAAUUCCUGGAUGUGAUAUCAAUGGGAAAUAUGAAAAUAACUAUAAUGCUGUCUUCAAUCUUUUGCCCCAUACUGAAAACCAUAGCCCAGAGCACAAAUUCCUCUGUGCUCUGAGUGUUGCUGCACUGUGCAGGCAGCUUGAAGCAGCUAGCUUUUGGGCCCUCAAACCAGGUCUGAAGUCCUCUAAGCCAAAAACAGCAGUGACUCAUGUGUUGUCUCCAGAGUUGAAUAUUUGGGGAGUGGUGAUGCUGAGACACAUGUUACAGCUUCAGUGUAAUGCCCAGGCAAUAACUACCAUACAACACACAGGAUCUAAAGAGAGCAUCAUUACCGAAAGCAGGGAGAUUCGCCUUGCCACAGGCAUCUUCCCUGUUGUCAGCCUCCUGAACCAUUCCUGCAGGCCCAACACCAGCGUGUCCUUCACUAGCACUGUCGCCACCAUUCGGGCAUCACAGCAGAUUGCAAAAGGGCAGGAGAUUCUCCACUGCUAUGGGCCUCACGAGAGCCGGAUGGCUGUUGCUGAAAGGCAGCAGAAGCUGAGGUCUCAGUAUUUCUUUGAAUGCACCUGCCCAGCGUGUCACAAGGAGCCCAGAGCCACUGCAGGGCCCAGGUGGGCAGCAUUCUGUUGUCACAGCUGCAGAGCUGUCAUGCAGGGAGAGGAUGUGCUGAGCUGUGGCAACAGAUCUUGUACGGAAUCAGUCAGCAGGAGUCACCUAGUCUCUCGGUUACAGGACCUUCAGCAGCAGGUUGGGAUGGCCCAGAAGCUUCUCAGAAGUGGUAAAUUAGAGCAAGCUGUUCAGCAGUUGUUGGGGUGCCAGCAUGCUGCUGAGAGUUUCCUGCCAGCAGAACACACCGUGGUAGGAGAAAUCGACGAUCACCUGGCCCAGGCCUAUGCCGCCUUAGGGGACUGGGAAAAGUCAGCUACCCACCUACAGAAGAGUCUGCAAGUGGUUGAGGUUCGCCAUGGCCCAUCCAGUAUUGAAAUGGGCCGUGAGCUCUUCAAACUGGCCCAAAUCUUUUUCAAUGGGUGUGCAAUACCCGAAGCUCUGAAUACAAUACAAAAGGCAGAAAAGGUUCUGUCGGUUCACUGUGGCCCUUGGAGUGACGAGAUUGAGGAGCUACAAAAGAUGAAAUCCUGUUUAUUGAACUUGCUGCCCAUCCCUGUGGGGCCUUCAGGCUAGGAUUCCAAGGGGACUUUGAUGCACAGGAAAGGAACCCAUAGAAGACGAGUUGGAGAGGCUCUGUGCUGCUGAGCUGUUGCCAGUAAACACAAGACUUGCCUGAAAGCCUAGUUUAUGAGGGGAGGGGAGGACUCAGAAAGCACCUCAGAGAGAGAAGCUCACCUGUUUCGAUGAAUGUUUCUUAAGCAGUUAACUGCCCUUCAUGAAAAACUCCCAGUUUCCAGAACAGCUAAAACCAGUAUCUGGAGAGUCCACGACCUUCAAAGGAUUUUAGCCGAUCUGCAGGCAUCUGGGUGUUAGCCUUGGGCUUUGGCCAGAUUCCACCUCACGAAAUGAUCAUAGUCCUUUUUCCUGGAACAUUCCUAUGGUUUCUGGUCGUAAUGAAAUGCUGUGUGCUACCCUAAGAGGAACUUAAAUUCUUAGUAGUUGUGCCGUGAUUGAAAAAUAAUUACAAAGUAAGAAAUCCGUGAGGCUCCUUACCCCUAGAGACGCACACACUUUCACUUACGGUAUCUCACUUCCUUGAAUCCUUUGUUAAAACCGGUGGAGGAUAAAUUGUGAAUAGAGAAAUAAAUAUGGGGCCAUCUUAUUAUUGGGCAAUUUCUUCCUGGGAUAGCAACUCUGAAUUUGUUUUUUACCAGUUUUCCAGCCCUUAUUAUCUGGCUUUCAUUCUAUACUCUUGG